UUUCCUUCAUUCAUCACAAGUAUUAAAUCUGAUUACAUUUCAUUUGAUUAUUGUAUUAAUAUUUUUAUUCAGUUAAUUAUUCUUAAUGAUCAGUGUUAAUUAUUAGAAUAGAUAUUAUGUUAAAUUCUCCAUGUGAUGGUAAAAUAAUCUUAGAUGAAUUCAUCUCAAGUCAAAAUAUUUUCUUAAAUGAGAAAAAAGAGAAAAUCAAAUUUUUAAGUGCUUUAAAUGCUCUUGAUUUAAAUUAUUGUUCAAUUCCACUGCCACUAUCAACCCUCAGCAACAAUCAGAUACAAUUGACAAAAGGGCAGGGACACACCUUAGAAUCACAAUUAACAAAGACUUCCACAGAGCCGAUUGAAACAAAUGAAGAUGAGGAAAACUCAUCAGAUACUAAAAAACCAUUGAAGGCUCCAACACCGGAUUACGAUGAAACUUACAACUUUUUAAGUAAAUUAGGCGAACACGAUGAGCUAAGGCGAAAAUACGCUGAAGAGAGACGAAAAGAGUACAACGAAUAUCUAAAAGAGGCGAAAUUUGCUACCUCAAGGAUUAAAGCUUUAGAAAUGAAAUCGGAAGCUCUUCGAUUACAAUCACCAAUUCGUAGUUACGCUGAAUUACUGGAAGAGAAACGCGCGAGCGAAAAAGCCUAUCGACACGUUAACGAUCACCAUAUUACCGGUGAUUUACCUUCACUUGAACCCGAUUUCUAUGGUUACAAUGCUAAAUACCAUCGAGAUUCUGGUUUCGAUAUACUCAAUUGGCAAUCAAAAUAUCCUGGAUCUCAUGGUGAACAUCUCGUACCAAAGAAUCGGUUAUUUGAAAGUCAAUCAAAUCGAGUUCGGGCUUCCAAUUACAAGGAAGAAUUGAGAAAACAAAUUGAAGAAAAACAUCAUCUCGAUGAAGAGAAAAGGAGACAAGAAGAAGAGGAGGAGAGACUAAUUGAGAAACGAUUACACGAGCAACGAUUAAGGAUGUUAAAAGAGUUCGAAGAAGAGCAAAAUCGCCAACGGAUUAAAGCGGAUUCACUUGCAAAGAAACAAGAGAUAAUCAAAGAGAUGAUCAAAGAUUCGGAGAGUAAAAGUAAACGAGAAGGAACCAAAGAUCAUAAUGAAACAAUUAACUUGACCAAAGAUCAAGACUCUACCAAUAUACUCACCACAACACCUACUUCAAUGCUCAAUCGACUUGCUCGAAGUCCAAGUUAUCUUCAUAUUCGUCGGCCAAAAUCACCUCGUAAAUCUCGUGCAUCAUUGGAAUCACGAUUUGGAGAGAUCGCAAGUAAUUCGACACCAAAGAAAACGGCAUCUAGUCCUUUAUCACUUCGAUCGAAAAGAUUUGUUCCAAGUCCAAUUCGAAAUGAAAUGAAUUCUCAUAACGGUGAUCAUUUCAGUCCACAACAAUAUUCUGAACCUGCCAAAUAUAAACCACCUGAUGAAAGUGAAAUCAAUAAAUCAACACCAAUCAAUAAGAAUCAAAGUUCAACUCAAAGUGUUAAUUCUGGUGAUCGAGUUCUAACUCGAUUAUCUGAAGUUCGUCAAAAAAUGCAACAAGAUCAUGAACGAAUGCUACAACAAUUAAAAGAGAAAAUAUAAUUCCCAAUGAUAAUUAUUCUAAUUCUAAGAAUUGCUCAGAUUUCAAAGUUCCAAUUUUUUGUUAAUUGAUUUAAUUUUCCAUCUUUAAAAUAAUUUUUCUUUCCACUAAUUCAUAAGAAAUUUGUGUUGAAUAAAUAUUUAAAUUACUAACUGA